CUUUCAUCCUGGGGAGACAUCUCAUCAUUAACCGACAAAGACCUGUUCGCCUUGUUCGACAAUUCCGAAUGGAGGCUCUCUGAGGCAACAUACUUCAUAAAAACCUCCGUUCGUCGCAUUGCCUAUGACGCCGUGAUAAAAACUGGGGGGCCAGACUCGGAACCGCUCACGAUAAGCCUUGUCCGAGCAUCGUCCAGCAUCGCAGUUCCUGGUGUCCUGCGUGUUCUAAAUAUCGGGACACGCAAAGGCUUUGUUAUGGAAUAUAUCUCCGGAGAGACAGUGGAGAAAUGCUGGGAACACCUAGGCUUAUGGCAACACUUCCGCAUCCUCUGGUCAAUCCGCAGCUACAUCCGACAGCUUCGGCGAAUCCUCGUUCCCAAUACUCCCCAAAGCAAGCACUUUCCCGGUCCAAUAGGCGAAGUGCCUCAACUGUGCUAUGGACCCACCAUUCAUUUGCGUCCCAAGGGUGGUGGUCCCUUUGCUUCCUGUGACGAGCUCGCACAAUGGUUCAACCACAAAGUAGAAGUAUCCCGGCGUUUUGGGAGAAACCUUCCGCCGCACCUCGCCUUUGAUUCAUCCUUGCCUCUCGUUCUGACUCAUUUUGACAUUGCGCCUCACAAUGUCAUGGUUGACGGCAAUUAUCGUGUAUGGCUGAUCGACUGGGAACACGCGGGUUUCUAUCCGCAAUGGUUCGAGUACGUCGCUAUGUAUAACGGCUGGACGCUAGAUGGUCGAUGGAAGCGUUGGAUCGUCGGAUUUGUGGCGGGUUUCUAUGAACGUCAAGCAAAUUUCAUUUCCAUGAUUGGGUGGGCUAUUCAUACAGGACAUUUUGUGCAGUAA